UGCUGACGAAAUACACUUGUCAUUUCCUUUGCAAAGCUGCUUUUCUGUCCAGUAAACACAGCUAUGAAACUUUGGCGCUUACAGCGCUUGGUCCAACGGGUCGACGUCUUGUCGAGUUGUCGUUGCUUUCGUUUCUUGUCUCUUCUAUUGUAGCGUUUUUGGUCGUGAUAGGCGAUAUCGGCCCCCAUCUUGUAGCAGAUUAUUUGGAAUUAGAAGCGCCUACACAACGGUUGCGAACGCUUGUGAUGGUUGUGGUUCUCCUGCUUGUAAUUUUCCCGCUAUGCCUCAUCAAAGAUCUCGAAAAAUUUUCCGUUAUAAGUUCAUUUGCUGUAUUAUUCUAUGCGAUUUUUGUUGUUCGAAUGGUAUUGGAAGCUCUACCGGCAUUAUGGGAUGGAGCUUGGAGUAUGCAUGUAGUUUGGUGGCGACCAAGCGGUUUUCUUACUUGUCUUCCCAUCGUAUGUAUGGCAUUGUCGUGUCAAACACAACUUUUCUGCGUCAUUGACUGUAUUCGUGACGCAUCGGUUUCGCGUGUUGAUGCGGUCGUCUCAGGAGCUGUCAAUUUUUGUUCAGCCAUGUAUGCUGGUGUAGGAACAUUUGGCUACGUGGCGUUCUUUUCUCGAUCUCUUCAUGGUGAUGUACUCGUCGAACUAGAAUCAUCUUUCUCACACAACUCCUUAAACUGGCGUUCAUGUUGUCGAUAG